CUGUCUCGAGCUCAAGGCGGAGCAUCCUCAGAAACCUCAGCUGGACUCAAACAGGGAUCAUGACACAGCUUUCGUUAAGAAUAUUGCUUUAUGUGACUCUCUUGUGUCAAGUUCAGCUGCAAACCAGGCUAUCGCACGUCAAGGUGAUCAACUGCACUGCGGCAGGCCAGAACGACCAUCAGGCCACCGGGAAAUGUCCCGGUGCUCCCGAUGGCCAGUCCGCCCCUGCAUGCACCUGUUCCAUCAGAGCUCAGACGUGGCUGGUCCAAAUGUCAGCAGUCUCAGUGUCUCUAACAAAACUCCAUCAUCUGUGUCUCUAACCUGGAAUGGGCCAAAUGGGAGCAGCUCCUUAUUUACAGUAAACUGGACUGGUGACAGUGUGAAUAACAGCAGUAACACUUCAAACACGUCUUACAAUGUCACUGGUCUGACUGCUGGAGUGAACUACACAUUCACUGUUACUGCAGUAGCUGCAGAUUACCAAACUACAGGAGCACCAGCUCAAAUCUCAGCAUUCACAAACCCAGAAGUUGUCAGCAGUCUCAAUGUUUCUAGUAAAACUCCAUCAUCUGUGUAUCUAACCUGGAAUAAGCCAAAUGGGAACAGCUCCUUCUUUACAGUAAACUGGACUGGGGGCAGUGUGAAUAAAAGUAGUAACACUUCAGACACGUCUUACACUGUCACUGGUCUGACUGCUGGAGUGAAAUACAUAUUCACUGUUACUGCAGUAGCUGCAGAUAACCAAACUACAGGAGCACCAACUCAAACCUCAGCAUUCACAAACCCGAAUGUUGUCACCAGUCUCAAUUUCUCAAGCAAAAACCCAUCAUCUGUGUCUUUAACCUGGAAUGAGCCAAAUGGGAACAGGUCCUUCUUUAGAAUAUGUUGGAAUUAUGGCAGUGGGAAUAUGAGCAGUGACAAUUCAAGCAAUCCAUCUUACACUGUCACUGGUCUGACUGCUGGAGUGAGCUACACAUUCACUGUCACUGCAGUUGCUGCAGAUGGAAACACUGCAGGAGAAUCAACUCAGAUCUCAGCUUUCACAAAGCCAAAUUCUGUCACCAAACUCAAUGUCUCUAGUAAAACUCCAUCAUCUGUGUCUCUAACCUGGAAUAAGCCAAAUGGGAGCAGCUCCUUCUUUACAGUAAACUGGACUGAUGGCAGUGUGAAUAACUGCAGUAACACUUCAGACACGUCUUACACUGUCACUGGUCUGACUGCUGGAGUGAACUACACAUUCACUGUUACUGCAGUAGCUACAGAUAACCAAACUACAGGAGCACCAACUCAAAUCUCAGCAUUCACAAAUCCAGAUGUUGUCACCGGUCUCACUGUCUCUAACAAAACUUCAUCAUCUGUGUCUCUAACCUGGAAUAAGCCAAAUGGGAGCAGCUCCUUUACAGUAAACUGGACUGGUGACAGUGUGAAUAACAGCAGUAACACUUCAGACACGUCUUACACUGUCACUGGUCUGACUGCUGGAGUGAAAUACACAUUCACUGUUACUGCAGUAGCUGCAGAUUACCAAACUACAGGAGCACCAGCUCAAACCUCAGCAUUCACAAAGCCAAAUUCUGUAAGCAGUCUCACUGUCUCUAACAAAACUCCAUCAUCUGUGUAUCUAACCUGGAAUAAGCCAAAUGGGAGCAGCUCCUUUACAGUAAACUGGACUGAUGGCAGUGUGAAUAACAGCAGUAACACUUCAAACACGUCUUACACUGUCACUGGUCUGACUGCUGGAGUGAAAUACACAUUCACUGUUACUGCAGUAGCUACAGAUAACCAAACUACAGGAGCACCAACUCAAAUCUCAGCAUUCACAAGUAUGUCCUAA